ACGAGCAAUAUAUAGUGCAGGAUAUGUCGCGCGUGCCGAUCCUUGUAAUUUUGGGUGCAACUGGGUCGGGUAAGUCGCGACUGGGGAUCGAGCUGGCCCGCAGAUUCCGCGGCGAGAUCAUCUCCGCUGACAGCAUGCAGGUGUACAGGGGCCUCGACGUCGUCACCGCCAAAGUCAGCAAGGAGGAGCAGGCCCAGGCGCGGCACCACAUGAUCGACAUCAUCGAUCCGAUCCAAGAGCUCACCGUCGUCGAUUUCCGCAACAGGGCGCUCAGAAUCAUAGACGGUCUGCUAAAAGAGAACAAGCUGCCACUGGUGGUAGGCGGCACGAACUAUUACAUCGAGGCUCUGCUUUGGCAGAUUCUGGUGGACGACCCCAGGCAGCAGGGCGGUGAGUUUGACAGCGAGGAGGAAUGGACGAGCAAGAAGCCGCGUCGCGAGGAGGGGCUCAGCAGCGAGGAUCUGCACAAGAAACUGAUGCAAGUCGAUCCCGAAAUGGCCGAGCGACUUCACCCCAACGACAGGCGAAAAGUUAUCCGGUCGUUGGAGAUCUUCGAGCGGCAUGGACAGACGCACUCGGAGAUUCUGAAGCAGCAACGCCUCGCUGGGGGCUGUGGUCUGGGCGGUCCACUGCGACACAAAAACUCAAUUAUAUUCUGGCUGACUUGCAAUCAGGCAGUCCUGAAUGAACGUCUGGACGCACGGGUGGACUCAAUGCUGAAAGCCGGUUUGGUCCAAGAGUUGCUUGACUUUCACGAGCGAUACAAUAAAGAUCGUCUCGAACAGAACCAGUUGCCCGAUUAUACUCGAGGGAUCUUCCAAAGUAUUGGCUUCAAGGAAUUUCACAACUAUUUGAUCCUUCCCAAAGAGAAAAGAGAGACAGAGGAGGCGCGGAAUAUGUUGAGCGAAGCCAUCGAAAAUUUGAAGAUGGCUACGAGAAGGUACGCCAAGCGACAGCGCAAGUGGGUUAACAAUAGACUCUUGCGAAGAGCCGACAGGCAGGUACCACCGGUUUAUUCGCUCGAUUGUUCAAAUGUGGAGCAAUGGGAAAGUGAAGUUUAUGGGAAAGCGGUCGAAAUCGUGUCCGCGGUUAUGCGCGGUGAAACGCCCAGUCAGCAGCCGAUGAACAGCGUCAUCGACAAUGCGAAAGACACCGACAGCAGCAACUUUAAAAGACACUUCUGUGAGGUUUGCGAAAGGAUUUUAAUUAAUGAUUUGCAGUGGCAUGCACAUAUGACUGGUGCCAAGCAUAGAAAGAUGGUUCUAAAGAGGAAAAAAGCAUUGCAAAGUCAGACGCAAGAGCUGCCAGUAAGUGAAUCAAACGUCUGUCAGGAAGAAAAAAAUUAAUAGAAAAACUAAACAUUAAAGUAC